AUGGCUGAAAAUGAGAAAUACGCUUCUGAUGUCUAUCAUGAUACUUUACUCAACACAAAAACAACUACAUUUUCUCUUUCUCAAAAAGGAAAUAAUUCUAAGUUUAACAAUGAACAAGAAUGUAACGUGGACUCUAAUUUAUUUGCUGAUUUCUGGAAACCUAGUGACUGUCUAGGACGGGUGAAACGUUGUUUCACGUGUAGGUCACGAGGGGAACUUGGAGACUGUAAGGACCCCUUUAUCCACAAUUCUACAGACGCGGAGAAGUUGCGAGAUCUCGAGGCAGCUCCCUGUGCUUCGGGAUGGUGCGCGAAGAUCGUCGAAGGACAGAAAGAUUCAUCUUAUGUAGCCACGGAGCGAAUCUGUUUGCCAAGGGCACCAGGUGACAGCACGGAACGAUGUGAUAAAACGCUAUAUCGACACCGUCGUGUGUUCAUGUGUUUCUGUCGUGGUGAUCUAUGUAAUGCCGGAACAUCAUUUUUUUCCCAAAAACUUGUUGUAUUGCUUCUCUUAGGCAUGUUAACUUUCGCCAUCUAUUGGUACAUCUGA